AUGGAACUGAAAGAAACUGCCAGAGAUGGCAACCAAAAUAACAGAGACCACAAAGAUCAAAGAAGAAGAAAUAAUGGCACCAAGCAAGAAGGUCCCAAAAGAGAAGCCAUUUUGGACCUUAACAAGUACAAAGACACCCAGAUAAAGGUGGAGUUUAUUGGAGGAAGACAAAUAGUGGGAGUUUUGAAGGGAUUUGACCAGUUGAUGAAUUUGGUAUUGGAAUCGGUGGAGGAGACGUUAAGAGACCCGGAAGACCCCAAUGUGUUGACAAAGGACACCAGAAGCCUUGGCCGGGUGGUGGUCAGAGGCCCAUCUUUAUUGACGAUUUCUCCCUUGGAUGGCAGUGAGGUUAUUGACAACCCGUUUGUUGCUGCCGAAGUCCAGGCGUAG